UGUAGAAAUUGCAGGAAAACGUGCUCAGUGACAACACACACACACACACGCACGCACAACCAUGCAGACAGCUCGACCCGGGCCGGCAGCAGCAGACAUGUAAGAAAAGGAUGGAUUAGAGGAUAAUGUGCCUCGGCUGUCACCGUCUUCAUCAUGUUCCCGGGAGUUUUCUAUGCACUGCUGGCGGGUUUCCUCGGGGCCGUGGCGUCGUCGUCGGCCAAACUGUCCCUCGGAGCCGACUACCUGAAGGGAGUCUGUGAAACCGGACUCCGGACGUGGGGAGAGCAGCGGAAAUUUAGACAAGCGGACGAAACUACCGCGUGUGACCGGCUCCAUAUCCCUCUGAGGCUGCUGUGUGGCGGGCUGCUCUUCACCUGCAACGCUGUGAUGUGGACCUUCCUCGCCAAAGCACUCAGGUAUUCCUCGUCCUCCACCCGAACCACUGUGACCACCACUGCCUCCAACUUCGUAUCUUCCGCUUUCCUGGGCCAGCUGAUUUUCGGAGAAGCCCAGAUGACCUUGUGGUGGGUUGGGAUCUCUUUGACCUUCUCUGGUCUGUUGGUACUGCAGAGGGUUUCGCCACAGGAUGGAAAUCAGAACGCAGCCGCCAAGAGGGAUGAAUAAUAUGCCUCGUCUCCACUGGCUGGGCUGCGGUGUGUGGCGUUUCUUCGGCUGACGUCUCCUCAGAUUUUUGCGAGGGUAAAGAAAACUGAAAAGUACUUUGUUCUUUAACUGUGGAACAGAUACUGAAUUAAUAAUGUGUCCAUGCUCUGUAGCUAAAGAACAAGAAGAAAUUGUCUUCCAGUCAUGUUAAAAAAAAAUAAAUAAAUCAGUUGAACUAAAAUUGAGUUCCUCUGAAAAAUCUCUCGCCAUGCAGUCUGCAAAAAGCCUGCAGGCUCAGCUGGUGUUGCAGCCUUUUUUCAGCCCUGUUAUAAAAAUCAGAGGAGGUGUCGGCCUUUAGCCAGUCCGACAGUCGGGCUCGUGGAGACGAGCUUAUGGAAGCCUGGGUCGAGCCUCCCAGAUGCUCUGAAAUCAUCUCCGACCACAGGCUUACAAAGAAGCAAAAACAACGCUAGCUUUACGUUACUUCAACAAUAGCACAACAACUCGUGAGCUAAGAGAAAAUAUGUGGGGUUUGUUGAAAUGCGUUAGUUUGAUAUUUUGAGAAAUACAUCUCUUUGCUUCCUUUGUCUGAUGCUAGAUAAAAGAGGCGAUGCCAGUCUCAUGUCUGUGCAGUAAAUGGGAAGCCCUGUAACCCACUAGCUUAGCUUAGCUUAGCAUGAAGACUGCAAACACAGAGGAUAAUUAGCCUGGCUCUGUUCAGGGGAACAAAGUCAGCUUUUAUGCACAAUUAAACCUACCUGAUUUAUGUAUAAUAUUGUCUAAAGAUAGAAAUCUAGUGAUAGUGUAUGGUUUUAUGGGGCUGUGUGUAUACUUCUUUAAAUCUUAAAACCGUAAAACCACAAUUUCUGUUUUGUUUGUGCAGAUAAAACAAAGACAUUUGUUGCCUUUGGACAAAGCAGGGGUAGCUAUUCUCCCAUUUUCUUUGUUUAUUCUAUUUUAGCUAAUUGUCUUGUGGGUCCUGAUUCAUAUUUUCUGUACAGACUUGAGAUGGAUGUCGAUAUUUUUAUCCUACUCUCAGCAACAACGGAAAAAACAGCACAUUUCUUCAAAUAUGGAACUACAACCUUUUAAGGAAGAGCCUGAUAAUA